CUAUAAUUGAUUAAAUAUCCUUCCAGAAAAGAUAAAAUAUCCAAACCCUAGAGGCUAGAGGUGUUCCCCCUUAGUAAUUAGCAAGUAUGGCACACAAUGAGAUUAAGGAAGACCAGGGAGAGCCCUCAAGCUCCGGCCCAGCAGACAUCCAACUACCCUUCCGCUCGUUAUCACGCUUCAAUGCUUCCCCGAUAAUUAAUAUAGAGGUCUCCCUUUCUCCCUCUACGCAUUGCUUCACCCGAUCCUCAGCCCCCAUCGUGUACCUUAGACUUACGUUACUUCCUAACCCUUCUUCCCCCUCGCCGCUCGAAGCUAUCACGCUUUACACAGAGAACAGCCCGCUAGAUCUGCAGCGGACGCUCUCCCGCGCAGGUUUUACAAUCACAGACCUUACUACGCAACAGCCCCUUAAAGUCACCAACGUACGCAACGCACAGCGCAUGCCGUAUCCCUCGCGGCGCGUACGCGGUAGUUUUGAGGAACCUUACUUCCUAACGAUCCACUCAGGCGAAACUGUAGAGCUACCACUUGAGUUCGUGCGGCGUAAUUUCCGCCCCCAACCCUGGAGCAUUGUCAAGAUUGGGCACGAAUUGGACGAGGCGGGGAAUCCGCGGAAUAUACGGCGCUCCGCUAGUGUAACUGGCGUGGAUGGGUUAGAGCCUGGACAUGAAUAUGAGAUUAGCUUGAACGCAGAAGAUCUAGGGGGAAUCAUGUGGGCACCAGUUGCGAAAGAAGAUAUUCUUUUCGAGAAGGGAUAUAAAGGGCCUGGUGCGGGUUUGAUGGAUUACCCCUGGAUUAGAGAUCAGCCUCUUGAGUUUCACGUUGGGACGGCGAAAUUGAAAGUUUUAGAGAAGGAAGAAGAUACUUAGGUAGGUAGUUAUAUUCGUAACCACCUCUAGUAUGAAUUCUGAUUGUUCCUCCGAUUCUCGCCU